AACAUGGGUUAAGGGUUUUAUUCGUGUCGCGGUGAGUGGAAAACCAUUUUUAGUGGCUGAAGACAGUGCGUUGUCCUACUACGCUAGUUCAUAUCCCAAUCCAGGAAGUUGAUAGCUUGAAAUUCAUAGAGCAUCAUAUAUCAUCACUGCUUCGCCUCUGACGACCGCUACUGCAUGAGCGGCCUUCUUUGUGGCUUCAUUCCUCAACAUAUCUCUGAGCUGCCAUUCUCAUAUCGUCGAAGCAGCAGAAUUUAAUGGCAAGCAAAGCUGUGAAAACUACGGCAAAGGCCAUUUUUGAGUACCAAUACCCCUGGAAAGAGAAGUUGGCAAAACGUAAAGAUGAACUAUCCAAGGGCGUAUGGGGUUACUGGAAUCUAGGGGCAUGGACGCCACUCCACAUUAGUGCUCGUAGACGAGCUAGACUUCGAAAGGAAGUCCUACUUGCAGGGGAAGAUUGGCCAUAUGAUCCGGAGAGGAAAGAGAUGAGAACCAAGAUAAAAGGGCAUAAAUGCGAUAAGAUAUCUGCAGAGAAACGUGAAAACACUGCCAAAUUGAUGCAGCGAAUGCCGGAUAUGUUGUUGGCCUACAAGAAGCGGAAGUGGGAGAAGAAAAUGAAGGAGGAAGACAAAAUAUAUAAAGUGAGGGAAGAGGAAAAGAAGUCCAAGUAAAUUCUCCUUUUUUUGGUUCCAGAGUUGCUUCCUAUAGUGCAGCUUUUUCUUUUUUUCUUCUAAAAAAUAACUGAAUGAACUUGGUCUGAUUUUUUUUUAAUAUAUACAAUGUUCCUCUUUAUGUAUUUAUUUGUUUCAAGGAAAACAAACAUAUAUGUUUUAUUCCUACCAGAGUAAGUAGGUGGAAAGUGCAUUAAGUUCUUCCUUUCAAAUCCGAAAGUUCAUUCCUUUGGCUUCUUUCAAA